AUGUCUUCGUAUCUAUAUGCUGUAUUAUUAUUUUUGAUGAUUUUUUCAAGUAUCAAUGCUGGUGAAAAAAUUUGUCCUGGUUAUGGAUAUAUUCUACUGCCGGAAAAUUGUACAUCAACAUGUUCAAAAGAAAACGACACAUGCUCACCAGAUCUAAAAUGUUGUUUUCGUGUAGAAGAACCGUGUGGCUAUCAUUGUAUUGUACCGAAAGAUAAUGAACCAAAACCAGGCAUCUGUCCAGUAUCUCUAUCCUCAGCACAAUAUAUGAAAUGGUACUUAUGUGACGGACAUGAAUGUGAUGUUGAUAAUGAUUGUAAACGCGCUGACAAAUGCUGUUACAAUGCAUGUGGUAUGCCAUUAUGUAUUGCACCAAAAUAUUUUAGACGUGAAUUCACUUGA